AUGUACGCACCACCGAAGACGUCUUUCGGCAGAGCUCCUGCCCUCUGCAUCCGCGCUCCGAACGCACUCGCGCCCGACAAUGUAUUUCUGAUCGUUUACUACGGAGGAGAAGAGCACAUCGAGAGCAUAUACGCUCGAACGCCGCGCCAUGCUCCUGUCGUCUCUACAAAAACCUCGCGAGGGAUUCGAGGGCUGAGAUGGGCUGGCACGGGCCUUGUCGGAAGUUGUAAGGAAGAGAAGAAAAGCCUCCACACCUACUCGAAUUCAUCACCGACAGUCUCCAAAACCUCAUCGUAA